UGGCACUGGCGAAAUGGUGCCAAAACUGCAUGUCCCCGCCAUUUUGUUGCGCUUUUCACUUCAAGUUCAGGUUGGAAGUGCAAAGACCAACAAGUUGGUGAAGCGCUGUGACGACGAUCAUCAGGAAGGGCGGCGCCUGCUCAAACUGAGCUACUCUGCUGCAAUUUGGUUCAGAAAACCCCCGUCCCUUCGUCUUUUGACCGCUCCGCUGCCUGGUGACUGAGUUAUCGGAUCUUGCACGAUGAACUUGUCUGACAUAGCAAAUAGCGAGUAUGCCAGCCCUGGAAGGGACCGGGACGACCUGCCAUCGGAAGUGUUGAGUGUUCUUCCUUCUGAUCCAUUUGAGCAGUUAGACCUCGCCCGCAAGAUUGUCGCGGUAGCCUACGAAAAGAGGCUGCAAAGCGAAAAUGGGAACCUAAGGUCGGAGCUAAAUCAGAGAGAAAGGGAAGUGAAGGAUCUCAGGGACAAGGUCAGGGACUUGGAGGGCAGUCUGAAGAACACGAAUGAGCGCCUGUCAGUGGCCUUGGAGGAACAGAAUGCACUCACUUCGGAGCGGAAUGCUCUGACGGCUACUGUCAAGAAGCUGAACAGGGAUGUUGCUAAGCUUGAAACCUUCAAGAGGGCACUCAUGCAGUCGCUGCAAGAUGAGCCAGACGAGGGGGUGGCGGUGGACAUCUCAGAGGUUGAAUCGUCCACGCAGUCAAGCCGACGGGUGUCAAACAGAUCUUCAGAGACGACGACACCCUUGUCCAAAAAUCGGAUCACAGAGUUGGAUGACCCCCCCACGACAGUCAUCAAGCCUGUGAGAACAUCGUCAGCGCGACUGGCAGACCCAGUCUCGCCAGAAGCAAGUCCUCACCACCUGGGCCGCUCCGGUUCCUCCCUCUCCUACCAAACCCCGACCAUGAGCCGCGGUCACCGCUCGGGUUCCGCUAACCCUUCCCCCGCAGGGUCCCCCCGGCGGCGCUCGUCUGGAGCCGAUUCCUUCCCCUUCCUGGUUCCCGUAACCCCGUCUCAGAGUCAGCCUGGGUCGGCUGCUAACUCUCCCCCGCACCCGUCAGCUACGCAGCAGCGGGCGGGGCCUCGGGUGGAUGGAAAGGAUUUUUUCCGGCAGGCUAGAAACCGGUUGUCAUACCAGAGCUUCAGCGCCUUCCUGACGAACAUCAAAGAACUGAACGCCCAUCGUCAGUCUCGGGAGGAAACUCUGAGCAAAGCCAACGAGAUCUUUGGCCCUGAAAACAGGGAUCUGUACGACGCAUUAGACACCCUCUUGACUCGCCAUCUGCCCUCGUAGCUCGCCAGUUUCCGAAAGUGCAGUCCCUUUUGAAAGGUGUUGUCCUAUGUCACAUGUACAGACUGCCCGCUUGCAGAGCAGUCUGGGGCUGCAAAACCUUGCAUUCGGCGUUCGUUAGAAAGCAGAGGAUAAGGGAGCCAUGAUUCCGAGAUUUUCACGUUGAUAUUCUUCUGACAGUUGCUUGUUAACGAAUCAUUGGCACAUGUGCGGCUUAGUAUCACCGCU